AUGAAAUUGCGCAAACGUGCCAAAGGUGUUCUCGAAGCCUUGCGCCCAAAACAAUACCAUGUCCCCAAUGUCAAAUCCUCCAAACCUGCCGUUUCACAGUUCUCGAUCCUCCUGAGAUCUUCUGACCCUACCAACGCUGAGAACGAGGAACAGACGCGUCAAACGGGAGCAGACGAGCAAGAGCGGGACGGUGCAGGAACGAUAAAGUCUAUAACGCCUGCUUCUGAAACCAAUACUCCAAUUGUGCCUGCACCUGUACAGCCACCCUUCCCUGUCUUGGGAAAGAGAUCAAGAGACAAAAUGGGUCACACCGCUAUCGAGAUCCAUGAGGAUAAACAAAGCAUUCAGAUGCUGCGACGAAUGGGUCCCAAGGACGACGAGUAUAUGGAACUGUCCGAGGACGAAGACUCCAAUGAUGCAUCUGUUUCGGACGACUCGGACGAUAGUGACGAUGACAUUGACGAGACAGUCAUGGAAGACAUGCGGAAACUGGAAGAGAGCUUUAAGGGUAUCUCUCAAAAGUACCGCUUGAUCAACCGCAUUGGCGAGGGCACAUUCUCAACCGUAUAUAAAGCCCACCAGCUGCCUCAGCGAGAGCCCACGGAGGAUGGUAGCGAUGCAAUGUCGGAAGAUCCAGAAGAGAUGCCAUUAAAGAAACGAAAGACAAAUUCGAGGACCGCAACGUCGACGCGUGAUCGCAAGAAACUUCGGACGGUGGCUUUGAAAAAGAUCUAUGUCACGUCAUCGCCACAUCGCAUUCUCAACGAGUUGGAACUACUUCAUGAAUUACGAGACUCGCCGUAUAUCUGUCCGCUCCUCACAGCCUUUCGUCAUCUUGAUCAAGUGGUUGCAGUGCUGCCUUAUUUCAGACAUUUGGACUUUCGCUUAUACUACCGAGAUUUUCUCGUGGAAGACAUGCGACACUACUUUAGCAGUUUGCUCAGUGGUCUGGCACAUGUCCACAAAGCUGGUAUCCUCCACCGUGACAUCAAACCCACAAAUUUCCUAUAUGAUAAUGUGAGAAGAGAAGGGGUGCUGGUUGAUUUUGGCUUGGCUGAACGCCAGGGCACAGAUUGGCAGCCCUGUCUCUGCCUGGAAUCAAGAGACAAGCGAAGAGACAAGUUUUUGAACUCAUUUGCGGUUCAGGUCUUACAGACGCAGCCAGACUUGGUAUCGACUGGCUUUCCCAAGUCUGAUAGCCGUCCAUCGAGGAGAGCAAAUCGGGCCGGUACACGUGGGUUUCGUGCUCCUGAGGUACUGCUCAAAUGCACAUCACAGACCACCAAGAUCGACAUCUGGUCUGCGGGAGUGAUUCUCCUGACCCUUCUCGCUAGACGGUUUCCAUUCUUCAACUCGGCGGACGACGUCGAUGCCAUGAUUGAGAUAGCAUCCAUUUUUGGCCGCAAGAAGAUGCAAGCGGCGGCAGCAAUGCACGGGCAAUUAUUCGAAACCAGUAUUGAGACCAUUGGUGAACGAGGAUUCACAUUGGAGAAGAUCAUCCUUUGGGCGAGUUGUAGGGAAAAGGAGCAGGAUGGCCUAAGAGCAGGGGAAGCCCAAGCGGUCCUCUUGUUACAGGGUCUGCUUGAGUUAGACGCCGGCAAGCGCUUCAGUGCAAAGGAGGCAUUGAUGCACGAGUUCUUCACAGCGCCAGUCGAAGACGAAGAAGAGAGAGCGGAGCGACUCGAAGCACUCGAAGCAGUGGGAGCUCGUGUAGCAAGAUGAGUUACUUUGACGGAGAGCUGAUGAGUUCCUUCACAUCUGAGACAUAGAUGUCACUGACAUGAGAGCAAGGCGACGAAAUAGAUGAGCUGGGGAUGAAAUGACGGAGUGUGACCACAUUAUGGACAGUAGGGGCAUCAUUGUGUUCCUAGCGUUAUACCCAUUGACUGCGACGCAAGAAGUGCAUGGCAUGGCGUAGGAAGGUCAUUAUCUGGAGCUUAAUAAUGUUGAAAGAAUUAAGACAC